AAAUAUAUAUAAAAUAAAUAUAUUAAAUAAUGAACAUACAUAUGUGCGAAUGUAUAUGUGAAAAAGGUUGUGAAUACGCCGAAAUUAGGAAGAAAUAAAAAUAAAAUAAUAAAAACAAAUAGACAAAUAUAAAAAGGAAAUUAUAUAUUCAGAAUGAUAAAUAACAACUCACCGAUUCAUUAAUAAAUUUGAAAGAAAUAGAACUAAUAUAAAUGAUAAUAAUAAAAUAAAACAAAGCAAAGAAAAAAAAAUAAAUAAAAAAUUAAGUUCAAAAUUGUUGAAAGGUGUAAGCUUCAUGGUUAAGAAUGAGAACUAAACAUAAAAGCAAAAAUCGUUAUGUGAAAUAAAUCAAAAAAUUAUUUAAUUCAUUAAACUCAUUAAAACUACAUAAAAUAUUGUUGUUGAUAAAUAUUCAGGUAUAAACUGAUAACAAAAGAUCAAAGGUCGCAGUGCAGAUCAACUAUUCAAUAAAAGCUAUUAAAAAAAAUUCGAAAACAUAUAUAUGUAUGUUUACAUUUGAAUGGCGCUCACAUUGAACCAUCAAUCGCUCAAUAAAAAUUCAAUUUAUAAAAAUUUUAGGUUUUUCAAAUCUGCCAUAUUAGUCGAGAAUUUUAAAUUCGACUUACAAAAUAUUCAAAUGCAUGAAUAUGGUCAAACGCAGGAGUUCGACAAAACGUCAGAAAAAGUACCGACCCGCUUGGAAGAGGCGAAAAGUCGAGCUACAACCGCGGACACUCCCACAAGUUCCAAAACGGCACGCAGUACGCUUUCUCGCAAAAGAAGGCGACGACGUUCAAGUACAACCAGCACCAGUAGUAGUAGCAGUAGUAGUAGUAGUAGUAACUACGACAGUAGCACGAGCACCAGCACGAGUACAAGUACCAUAAGCACUCCAGUUAGUGCAAGUGAUAAUGAAAGCGAUGGUUUCGAUAAUGGACAUUUUCUCACGACUUCUCACGAUCGUAGUUGUUACAGCCUACAAAAAGACGCUAAUAGUAGCCAUAAUGUUAACACGGCGAGAACGAUAUCUCAAAUCAACCGCGCGAAAUCAAAUUCACCAGGGACGUUACCACAAAAUGCCGACGGUGAAGAAAAAAAUCUACACAAAAGUGUUAAUGUGACUAGUGGUGCAGAUGUGGCAAGUGAAAGUGUACCUACGACAGCAACUGCAACAACAACAACACCAAUAACAACAACAACAGCGACAAAAGAGGGUGUUGAUAGCGAUGCAUCCAGUGAUGGUGUCAAAUCGCGUCCCACAUCGCCGCAGGUGCAGGUACCAUUUGAUCCACACGCUUGGAAUACAGAGCACAUAAAUAGUUGGGUCAAGUGGUUAACCAAACAAUUUAAAAUUGAACCAGAACCGGAUAUUUCACGUUUUCCCACCACCGGCUCUGAGUUGUGCGAGUUGAGUCGUGCAGAUUUUUGGGUUUGUGCCGGUUCACGACAAGGUGGCAUCAUUUUGGCUAAACACUUUGCCUUAACGCUGUACAAUGCGACGGGUCGUGAGACGAGUCCGAUGCUGAAUGAAGAUGAGCCAAAUCCAUAUCAGCUGCUAAAUGCAGCAUCCCAUCGAUUGGUUGCCCAGGGUUCCGGACAAAUCCAAUUGUGGCAAUUUCUACUUGAACUGCUCGCCGAUUCGUCUAAUGCCAGCUGCAUAACAUGGGAGGGCACCAAUGGCGAGUUCAAACUCAUCGACCCUGACGAAGUUGCCAAGCGUUGGGGAGAGCGAAAGGCAAAACCAAAUAUGAACUACGACAAACUCAGUAGAGCUUUAAGAUAUUAUUAUGACAAAAAUAUAAUGACCAAAGUGCAUGGGAAACGUUACGCCUACAAAUUCGACUUUCACGGCUUGAUGGCGGCAUGUCAGGCGCAAGCACAGGGUUGUGAUCCCACUACAAGUAUGUUGAGUUCCUAUAAACAUCACCACCAUCAUCAUCAUAGCCAUGCCUUGGGUCUGCAUCAUCAUCAUUAUCAUAAUCUGCAAACAGAUCUAACGUCACCGUCUUCAUCGUCAAGCUUGGGCUUUCCUUCGCCAUCCACGACGUCUAUCCCUUCGCCCAUUGGCAUGACCAAUUCACCAAAUAUCGGUUUAGCCAACCAGCAGCAGCAGCAGCAGCAACAACAUAUUAAUUCGACAAGUACAAAUUUACUACAACAACAACAACAAUCGACAUUAACUUCAACCACAAAUGCAACAACUUCAACAACCAACUUAACAAUGCUGCCACCGGCAGUACCAUUACCAAACACUUCCAGCACAGGGACUGGCACGACAACGGCGUCGAUUAGUAGUGCUACGACAAGUAGUGGCAACAAUAACAAUAACACACCGCCACCCGUAUUUACACGCCCGCCCCCAUACUGGACAUAUAGCACGUCCGGUUCUUACGACCCACGUUCUCCACCAAAUACAUUUAAUUAACUCUAGAAUCCUUUGUAAUUUAAGGUACUUAACACUUGACUUAGCACAGUCAUACAUAUGUAUGUAGUUAUGUAUGUACAAGCAUAUUAUUAUUAUGACCAAAACAUGCCACCUACAGCGUGCGGCUUGAGGACCUUUUUCAGUUUAUGGAAAAAGAAGAGGUACUUGGGUGUACAUAAACAUAUUUAUAUAUGUAUGUAUGUAAGUCAUAAUUAUACGCAUUAGGAGAUUAAGCAAUUAAUAUGUAAGUAAAACCUGUGCGGUAAAGAAAAUGCCAACAGGAAAGAACAUAUAUGUAAUAUAUAUAAGUAUGUAAAUUAAUUGUUAGCAGAACAUACAAACAUUGUAUAAAUUAAAUAA